GCAAUUUUAGAACAAGUACAAGAAAAAUUGAUAAAAGAGAUAAAAGAAGUAGAAAUAAGAGUAGAAAGUAUAACAAUAGUAGUAAUAGAUGAGACACAAAGUAUAAAACCUUUAGAAGAUAUAACCUAA